AUGGCUGUGUUGAAGCAUCUUAACUUCAUUAUGUUACCAAUAGUGACAGUAUUACUGUUCGUGCAAAUCAGCCAAACCCGUUUCCAUCCACUGGACAAAACGGAAAUCAAAGAGACUAAUUAUCGAAGUAUGAAAAUACUAAUUAAGCGAGCUGAUUUUCAGAUGAAAAGAUUUUAUCUAUGGGAAGAACUGAAAAGAACAAAAGAUAAGAGUAAAGAAGAAGCCUUCAAGGAAAAGCACAGACUUGGAACUUUGGCUAAUGGAAGGGAUGCUCUGACUAAUCAAGACGACCAGUUAUACUACCCGAUAUAUCCUUUCUAG